CUAAUGUUCUUUGCUGUCCAUCGUAACUAGAUGAUAAGACCUUCUUGCUGAAGACACCAUACUUUGGUGGCAAAACAGAGAAAUCGAUGUCGCAGUGAUCAGGAAAGUUUCUCCUGAUGAUUAGCUUUCAUAGGGACACAACGUGUUGUACAAACUCAUAGGGGAAACGAGAGAUCAGAGGUCUUCCUCAGUGCUGGACCCUGUGUGCUACAACACUAACCUGCCCAGCAACUCUAUUUCUCCCAGAGAAACUUAGAAUUUGACUGCUAAUCAAAAGUAAAAUUGGACUUUAAAAAAAGACGUAAGCUGAGAUGUGUAAUUGGGUGUCUAUUGCUAGGUGACAAGUGUAACAUCAGGCUCAAAACUUGUCUCAGGUAACUUGAUCCCUCUGGAAACUGAACCUUCUCACCAAAGAAAUAACUUCUGUUCCUGGGAAGAAAUCUGCAUCUGAACAAAGCCGAGAAGAUGUGAGAGAUGUUCGACUUGAGGACGAAAGUUAUGAUUGGUAUCGCUAGCACUUUGCUGAUAGCUGCAAUUGUACUGAUAACUGUCGUCUUCUGUCUUUACCUGAAAAUAUCCAAGGCCCUGAAAUGCGCAAGGGAAAUUGAAAGCUGUAUGGAUCCAACCAAGGCGGCCUCUGAGAAGAUGAUCCGGGGCAAGCCCAUCAUUGCUGAUCCUUGUCGUCCCCUCCAGUGUUGUGACAACUGUAGCCUCUUUAAGGAUGUUGGCGCCAUGCCACCUUGCUUUUGUGGCACAAAUGAGGGACUCUGACAUGGCAAUGGUGGACACAAAAAUCUUCACAAUCAGUAUUCCCUUCUUAGUAGAAUGCUUUAUUUUUCAAGUCAAUUUCUGAAAUGUUUAUAUUCUUAAUUACUCUCUAAUAUGGUCUUUAUGUACUUUAAGCACACAAUAAUCAAAAUGCUCCUGUACCUUUAAUUGGUGAUGGCAAUGGUUAUGAAUGUCCUUUAUUGUAAAUUUUUUUCUCACUUGGAGACUUGAGGCAACUAGCCUGUCACCGGAUGCCACACUCACUCCAGUGGAGUCUGUGUGACCUGAAGCUCUUGUGUUUCGUUUCUAUCCAGAACAGAGGCAGGUGCCUGGAAUGGCUUGGCCUCCUGGAGGUCCUGGCCGUCUCCCUACAGAAAGAUGAUGACUAGGGUCUAUGCUUGCGGUGGAGGUACCUUCUGUGUUCUAGCCUUGGUGAUCUUAGCAACUUUAAGCCUGUCAACAAUAUCUGAUUUUAAGAAUAUAGCAGUGUGGGAAGGUCAUGUACCUUUAGAUGUCUCAGGAACUGAAAGUUCAGAGACGGAAACGUCUUACACCAUCAUGAUCCUGAUGAACUCAACGGCUGCGAUGAAUUCAACUUCUGCACCCAUUAGUUCCCAGCAAAUAGGAGAGAAAUUAAUUGCAGCUGUUAAGAACAUGACUGUUCCAGAAAAGCCUUUUCCCCCUUUUGGGAAAGUUUUGUUUAGCAUGAUUCAGAAUAAUAGUGACUCUUUUGGAAAGAUCAUGGAUAAGUUCCAACAAGUUGAAAAAACUUAUCAGGAGUUAACUAGAAGGAAAAGAAAAAUUAAUAUCGAACAAGAAAUGAAAGAAAUUAUAGAAUGGUUACAAAAGUUUCCAUAUUAUUCUGAGGGCCAUAAAUAUAAAGUUUAAACUUUAUUAAAACAAAGGUAAAUGUUGAAUGCAUACCUGGUGCCCACAAGUCUGGCAGUAUAACUGCAGUUUUCUAAACUAUUGUUUGCAGUUGAGAAUUGUUUCCUAGACUAUAUGUUCUGCUUUCCUCCUUACAAGGGACAUUGGUGGGGUGAUGAAUAAGAGCUGGAUGACUGCCAAUUAUGAUGUACCUGUUCUAACUGCUUAAAUCUAUGCCAAGAAGUAAAGCUUUUCACAGCAGCACA